AUGUCCACUUCGGUGCGCGGUGCCGUGCUCUGUGUGCUGCUGUGUGUCUGGUACGGUGGUGUCUGCCCCGUUCUCGCCGAGCACCGGUGCGCGUUUCCCAAGAUUGCGGCGAAGCAAGGGGACCUUCCCAUUGCGGUGGUGCAGGAGUUGCCCAAGGGCGGACAGACCACGUCGCAGACUUACACCGCAGCCUCGCCCGAGUGGAAACCGAUCCGGUUUACUGCUUUCGCGGAUGACAUCAAUUACAACUCCAGGUACUGCACUAAGGAGGGAGAUCCACGUCCGGACUUCAUGGGAUCGCUUUACAAGUGCAGGGCACCGGAAAUUCUCACGGAGGCCAAGAGGAACACUAUCUUGACUGUCCUGCUUCCGCAUGCGGUGAAGUUGCACAUGGAUCGCCUCCGUGUCAAUCCUCUCAACACCAACGUGGUGGUUCCGAAGUUCACCGAUCGGCACUGCAGGCACUUCUCCGUUAACCCUGUACACCGUACAAAGGGCGUCCCUAAGGCCGACAUGGUGUUGUACGUUGCCGCUGGGCCCUCACGGCAAAUAAAGCACUCGUGGGCCGCUCCAUGCCUUGUUCUCCCCAACGGGCGCCCGGUUGUUGGUGUGCUGAACUUUGCCCCGCACACUAUCACGGACACAAGAGAAAUGAUCCGUUCAAUUGCACACGAGAUUGCGCAUGCUCUCGGAUUUCAUCACCUGACUAUGCGGCGCAUGAAGAUGGUGUCCAAAGUGUUAGGCGUUCGUCAGAAGAAGGACUAUGUGUACAUGGUUUCUUCCAACGCAACACGCAGGGAGGCACGGAAGCACUACGACUGUGACCUCAUCCGUGGCAUGGAGUUGGAAGACGAAGGCAGCGAUGCGCUUGCUCCGUCGCACUGGGAACGACGCAACGCGAAGGACGAGCUGAUGAGUCCCAUUGUUGGCGCUGGUUUCUACACAGCACUGACGCUUGCUGCUUUUGAGGAUAUGGGCUUCUUUCGCGCCAAUUGGGCGAUGGCGGAGCCGAUGAGCUGGGGCUACGAGGCUGGGUGUUGGCUGCUGAAGAGGAGGUGCCUAUACGGAGCCCAAACGCAGUACCCGGACAUGUUCUGCAACAAGGAGAACGUUCUCCCGGUGUGCACUUCUGACCGCCGCGCGCUGGGGUACUGCCCGAUAAUACAAUACGAUAAGCCGCUUCCUCUAAGUUACCGGUACUUCAGGAACGCUACAAUCGGGGGGCCGCAGGGUAAUCUGGCGGAUUUCUGUCCUUUUUAUGAGCCCCGCUCAAACACUAACUGCGUCACUGGGGACCCCGCCGCAAUGCCUGGGAGCCGUGUUGGGCCCAAGUCAAUGUGCAUGAAGACCACAGGGCUCCAAAUGGAGGGCAAAGCCAUUGGUGACAUCUGCGCGGAGGUGGCGUGCACUUCAAAAGGCGUGCUUGUCCGAUUUGUUAAUGCCAAGUCGUGGUACCCCUGCCCCGAGGGCUCGUUUGUCGAGCUGAUGUACCCGUUUUCGGCUGGCACUGUUUGGUGCCCACGACGCAGGGACGUGUGCACGGACUUGGUCGUCUCCGAAAAUGUGAAGAAGGAGGAGGAGAGACUCCGUCGGGAGGCAUCCAGGGCGUGA